GAGGGUCUUACAACGAUUUUACGGUCACGGCCGAGCUUGUAACUUUUAACAUGCCAGGAACAAUAAUUGUCAAUCAUCUUCCGAAAAAUCUCAGCCUUAAUUUAAAACUUCCAAAAAGAAUUGAUGAACAAUCAAAGGUCAAGGUAGAAGUACUUUUCGGUGUAACAAAAAUUACUCUCAAAGUUUUUAACACCUUUCCAACUCGUAUAUUAACGGUUGAAUGA